UGCAUUGUUUAGGUUCUUGGAGUUGGGAGUUUAGGGCCUCGUCUCCACUAGAACAAUCUCCAGUGUCAAACGAUUUUCUUUUAGAAGAUCUUGCUCCCUGCAUUAUUGUCCUGAAGGCUUUCACGUUGUUAGCAGGUGCUUCCUCCAGUAUCCUACUGGAAAUUGCUACUUUCAUUUAGCGCGACGUGCUCCGGAUCGUGCCGUCCGUAAAUUGUAUGCCACGGGACGUCAGAAACUACUGUCGUUGAGAGCGCGAUGCCGAAUCAGAUCCACACAAUGCUCUCUCCAGCAUUACUGGUUCUUCUCUCGUGCCUCGCCCUAGGCGGGAAUGCGGAGACCUUCACAGCAGUCACGCAUUUUAAGUCCCUAAUCAGCUUAGAACAAGACCUGUCAGCUAAGUUACAGGCGUAUAUAUCCGCUGAGGAAAGAGAAUUGGAAAAACUGAAAAAGCUAUCAGAGGAGGUACAAUCCUGGACGAACAGGGCAAAGGAUGACUAUGAGAGUCACCUCGGCCAUCCCACCAAUGCUUUCCGCCUCGUACGACGUUUUACGUCGGACUGGCGGGAGGUGGAGAAUGUUGUGAACAAUGCCACUGAUGAGAAGAAAGAUUUGUUGCAACAACUGGAAACCAGUACGGACUACUUUCCCGACGAGGAAGACUUGACAGGAGCGGUGGUGGCGCUGAUGCGACUGCAGGAUGUGUAUCACGUCAACACCACUCGCUUUGCCGACGGCUUGGCCGGGUCCACACAGGGCGCAGUACUGACCGUUGAAGACCUUUAUCUAGUGGGCAGGUCAGCCUAUAACAAGGCACAGUACCAGAACUGCAAGAAAUGGAUGCAAGAAGCCAUACGCAGGCUCGAUGCUUUCGAACGGGUUUCAAACGCCACCAAGGAUUCACUGGCGGUCCGUGAGUCUCUCUACGACCAUCUUUCUUUCUCGGAGUAUAAGCUGGGGAACGUUAGGAGAGCAUACCGACUAGCCAAGAUCCUAGUGCAGAUGGACCCGGACAGCGGCCGUUACCUGUCCAACGAAGAGCAGUACCUUGAGUUGGUGCGCAAAGCCAUGUUUGAAGAGGCACGCAAGCGUCGCAGCUCACCACAGGAACCAGAGCCAGAAGAAAGGAAAUGGAAGAAGCCGCCACCGACCGGCGACGAUGAUUUGCAGUACUGGCGUGAUUUUGAAUACUACAAGAAGUAUUGCAGAGAAUCAGUGGAAGUGAGUCCUUUUCCCGACCAUGAGAUGAUCUGCUUCUAUGAAAAUAAUAACCGGAACCCACGCCUCAUCCUUAACCCGGUCAAGGUGGAGGUGGUGACAGUCAACCCCACUCUUCUGAUCUACAGGGACGUCCUGUACGACUCGGAGAUAGAGAAAUUGAAGCAGCUAGCAGACCCCAAGCUGAACCGUGCCACUGCUCACAAUCGAGCCACGGGCCGUUACGAACCUGCUCAGUACAGAAUAUCUAAAAGUGCCUGGCUGGGCGAGUAUCUAGACGAAAGCGGUGUCCUGGCUCAUGUCAACCAGCGUAUUGAAGCCAUCACAGACCUGAGCAUGAGCACGGCGGAGGAGUUGCAGGUGGUCAACUACGGUAUCGGCGGACACUACGAGCCUCAUUUUGAUUUUGCACGGGACUUUGAGAGGAAAGCAAUGACCCACAAGAAGGGCAAUCGAAUUGCCACACUGCUCUUCUAUUCGGAUCGCACCGACAUGGGCGAAGGUGGCAAUCGCAUAGCCACUCUUCUCUUCUAUAUGAGUGAUGUCUCAGCUGGUGGUUGUACCGUCUUCCCGCGCAUCCCUGCAAGAGUGGAGCCAUCCAAGGGCGAUGCGUCGUUUUGGUACAAUCUUCUCCCGUCCGGUGACGGCGACAUCAUGACUAGACACGCCGGAUGUCCUGUUCUCUCAGGAUCGAAGUGGGUUUGUAACAAAUGGAUUCAUGAACACGACCAGGAGUUCCGCAAGCCAUGCAAGCUAACGAGGGAUGCAACUUGGGACGUUCACCUGCCCCCGGACCACUUGUGAGCCGUUCUAAUGCCUGCUGUGGAAUAAAUGGUCAUUAGACCCCAGCGAUAAUCUGCACUUUAUGGUGGCAUCAAGCAGUCCAGUCGGUACACACGCAGAAACACGCGCACACAAACGCACACACACACACACACACACACAAACACACACCAUGCCGGAUAUGCCCUUCCAUGAAUAACUUUAUUGCUUGAACAGCAAAAUGCAAUUUCGCCGCUGGCCAGUUUCCAUUACGAACUUGAUUACCGUUGCUUUUCGCAUAACAUACAGUCAGUUUGAAAGCUAUUAUGACUCCUUUCAGAUUAUGCUCACAGAUAUACAUGCAUACAUUUCCAAAUUAUAACACUGAUGAUUAUAAAAAAAAGUUUCAUGUGCUUCCAA